AUGGUGUCACUUACCGCAUUUUUCCGAGCGUCUUUGCCGCGCUUCUCGGGAGGCGCUGCCAAACCCAAGUGGUCCGUUGAUAGGCAACAGCUCUUCGGCGCAGCAAGGGCAGAUAAGCACCACUACGGCGAGCAUCCUACAUACAACCACUUUCUCCUCUUCAUUAGGGGGCUUAGACCUGCGCUGGAAGAAGCCGCAGAGUCUACAGCUCAAGUCAUCGGAAAUGCAACGCGAGCCGUUUGGCUUCCCACCAAAACAUUCGUGCAAAAACACAACCCUGACCUCAGAUUGCAACUCGUGGCGCUGUCUUCUUUCUUUGCGACGUCCAUGUUUAUCACGGGUUGCUUGAACGACACGUUUCAGAAGAUAGUGGACCUAACGUCUUUGCUAGAGCACCGCGCUGCUGGGGAGCUUGAGAGGGAAGGUUUCUGGCAGACUGCAGAACAAGAGCGAGAAGGGAGGCAGCAGCAGCUGCAGCAGCAGCAGCAGCGUUUGGAGAGCUGCUGGUUGUCAGCUAUUGCAGCGGCCACGUCGGCAAAAGACUUUGGGGUUCUUUGCGAUCGGCUGGAGCUCGCGAGCGAAGCGGAUUCGAAGCUGGAGCUCGCGCAAGACAGCGCGCAAAAGCGUCACGGAGCAGGUGUCGCGGGUAAGCCUGUCGAGUGUCUUCCUCCAAUCAGAUGGAGGUUCGAGAUGAUGCCUUACGGGGCAGACAGUCCGGAUGCACAUGCCUUUCCCACCCCAAGCCACGAGCAGCCGCUGCGCGCCUUUUCUUUAUCCUUCACGUCAAACAAUCUCUCUGGCAACUGGGGAGACUACGUCAACAGGCAGGAUAACAAGGGAGCGAUCAUGCGCCCUUCAAGGGUGAUGUUCACGGAUGUCUUCAUUCCGACCACCAAAUAA